AUGGAGUACGACGCUGAAAAGGCCAACGGCAUGUCUGCCGACACCAAGCCAGCCUUGAACAUCAGCAGUUCGAACGAAGAGUUGCCCUCUCCCAGCGAUCACAAUGCCAUUGGCGGCUUUUUCGCGCAGCUGCGUGCAUUCGAAGUGCACAUGGACAAGAAAUUCGGCAUGGAGUCGGAGGCCAUCGUUCGCAAACGGCCCGAGGACAAGCGACCAGUACACUGGAGGGAAGAAUUGUCCAUGGCUUUGCUGUGGGCUAGUGGCACAAUGAACAUCUCGUGUUUCGCAACUGGUUUCUUGGGCUGGGAAUUCGGCCUUAGCUUGCGAGACUCGAUCGUGAUCACUAUCUUUGCCUCGCUCAUGGGCGGUGCCUUGACUGCGUACUGUGCCACCUUUGGAGCCGCCACCGGUCUGCGCCAAAUCAGUGUCAGUCGCUACUCUUUCGGUUGGUGGCCCAACAAGCUCAUUGCUUUGUUGAACGGUAUUCAGCAACUGGGCUGGGCCGCAGUUGCAUGCAUCACCGGCGGUCUUGCCCUGACUGCCGUAUCGGACGGUCACGUGUCAUUGGUCGUUGGCAUCAUCAUCCUGGCUGUGGUGGCUUUGUUGAUUUCAUUUGUCGGCCUGAGGUUGAUUCUGGUGUACGAGCGCUACGCGUGGAUCGUCUUUUUCAUCAUCUUCCUCAUCAUCUAUGGCGAAACCGGCAAGUAUGCAGACAACACAAGCGCCACGUCCGUCAGCGGCAUCAAUCUUUCUGCAGCUGUUCUCAACUUGCUCGCGGUUGUCUAUGGCUCAAGUGCCUCAUGGUCGACCAUGGUCAGUGACUACUAUGUCCACUAUCCAGUCAAUGUUAGCCGGGUCAAGGUGUUCCUGAUGACCACAUUCGGUAUCGGUAUUCCAACUUCUAUCGGCAUGGUUGCUGGCUGCGUGGUUGCCUCGGCAUUAAACAACAAGCCAGAGUGGAACGACGCGUAUGAAAACCAAGGAGUUGGAUAUCUUAUCCAGGACAUGCUCUAUCCGCGUGGCUUCGCAAAGUUCCUGCUCGUCCUUCUCGUCCUGUCCGGCAUCAACGUGAACGUAAUCAGUAUUUACAGUUCCGCCAUCUCCUUCCAGCAGCUGUCAAGACCCCUAGGCAAAAUUCCCCGCUUCAUCUGGACAUUGUUCUGCUUCGCCGCCAUCUUGGGACUUGGCCUGGGUGGUCGUGAGGAGCUGAACACAUAUCUUCAGGACUUCUUGAGUUUGCUGGGAUAUUGGUGCACCAGCUACACUAUCAUUCUCUUCGAGGAACAUGUCAUUUUCCGAAAGGGCAACUUUGACAAUUAUGAUUUGGAAGGAUGGAACGAUCCGUCCAAGCUGCCCCAUGGUAUCGCUGCAUUAACCGCCUUCCUCCUGGGUGUAGUUGCUUGGUGUAUGGGCAUGGACGAGACAUGGUUUGUGGGACCACUGGCGAAACUGAUUGGAGAUGGAGGCGAUAUUGCAAACGAGUUCACUUUUGUGGUGACCGCUCUGAGUUAUCCACCGACUCGUUAUUUGGAGCUCAAGUACUUCGGACGGUGA